AUGCCCGGCAUGGCCAAGUCGCUUGACGUUUGUCAGAGCACAUGCUCCAGAUCCUGCAAGAAACACAGGCCAAAAACCAGUUCCACAGAGCAAGGCUUGCUGCAUCGAACAAGACUCGAACUCCUCAACAACCCCAACAGUAGCAGCGCUGCAACCGAACGAUUAUGGAGCACAACCCAGUACACGACAGGCUACCAUGAGAACCGCAUGCAGAAUACCAUUGACGGCUUCGACCAGAACUUUGCAUCACGAGGAUCCUGA